AGUGACGUUACUUCGCCUUUUCCGGUCCGCCGGAUUAUGAAUGACGGUCGGCGGGAGUAUUUUCCAGAUAAACAGCCUGUUGUUUUUCUCUCGGCUUCUGUGGAAGUUAGUGGUUUGCAGGCAGCAGCUCCCAGAGGCAGCCUCGGAAUUCCAGCUCCGCCUGGGCGGGAAGGCGCAGGCGGCCCAGGUCUCCGACACGCUCACGCACCCUCCCUGCCUGGCCGCGCCUCUGCGACCAGGUGAUCCAAUGAAAGAAGAAAAUGAAAGCUAUCAAGAAAAAUCUUACAGAAGAAGAAUACCUGUAUCUGGACUUUUCUCACCAAACAAAAGGAUGCAUCUUUCCUCUUCAUACAUCUGUAACUUUAUUUCUGUUAUCUUACUGUGACUGCAAAAUCUUUAAAAUUUGCUUAGUUGUCACCAAAGAAGUGAGUACAGAUAGUUUACUACUAAGAGAUGAUCUGAUCCAAGAUGUUGAAAUACAGAUUAUUUCAAGGCAAGAGCUCCCACCAAUAGUCCAGAAUUGCUGUUUGCCUGCAGUAGUAGAACGAUCAGACAAUUUUUGUAGAGCAGGACUUGCUGUUGUAUUAAGACACAUAAUCCAGAAAUCAUAUGAAGCAGAUCCCUUAAAGAAGGAACUUUUGGAACUUCUGGGCUUUAAAAAGACUUGCUUGAAAGCCUGUGCUGAAGUUAGUCAGUGGACCAGGCUAUGUGAACUCACCAUCCCUUUGGCUAUUGAGAAUUUUCUCAGAGAGUCUUUUGACCAGCCCCCAACUAUACCUGUAGAAAUACUACAGCUAGAGAAAAAGCUUAGUGAGCCUGUUAGAGUGCAUAAUGAUGAUAAACUCCGCAGGCAGAAGCUCAAGCAACAGAAGGCUGAUGGAGCUGGGCCUCCUCUUACUAAGGGAAAGGCAAAGAGCAAGGUCCACACACAGGAAACAUCUGAAGAGCUGGACUCUGCAUCCAAGAGUCUGGAACUGAAAGUGGCAUUCUCAAAGCUCACGGUACAGGAAGAACCAGCUACUACCAACAGAGAGCCGUCUCACAUCAGAAAAGCAAAAGCCUCCGACCUUCCACCUCUGGAGCAUGUGUUUGCAGAAGGGCUUUACUUCACUCUGGCAGAUAUUGUGCUAUUGCCUUGUAUCCAUCAUUUCUUGGUAAUUAUCUGCAAAAAAUUUUCUGAGAAGCUGGUAGAAUUUCCAUUGCUAACCUCUUGGUACCAGAGGAUUCAGGAAGUGCCAAGAGUGAAAACAGCAGCUUCUAAGUGUGGGAUCCAAUUUCUCCAUUUACCAGAGUUGUUGACAACCUCAAGUGAACAGCAUCCAAACUUAAGUGAAGUCCCAGGUGUAGAAGAACAAAACGAUCCUUUAUUUAUAGGAGGACCAAGACCAACCAUGGCCAAGCUAAUGGAAAAGGGCAUUGAAGUGAUGUUUUCUCCCCACCCUUGCCCUACUUGGACUCUUGAUUGGAAUGUUCUCCCUGCAGCAGUCAGUCCUAAGGAAGGUAAAAUGUCCAGUGAUCGAGCUUUGAGGAAGCAGCAACAGUUGAACAACCUUGUCUAUGUGGUAACAAAUCAGGCCAAACCUGGUGACAGAAUUGUGGAUUUCUGCAGCGGUGGGGGCCAUGUUGGAAUUGUCCUUGCUCACAUGCUGCCAUCAUGUCAGGUUACAUUAAUAGAAAACAAGGAAUUAUCAUUAAUUCGUGCUAAGAAGAGAAGUAAUGAACUGGGUUUAAACAACAUUUGGUUCAUUCAAGCAAAUAUGGAGUAUUUUACUGGGAUGUUUAAUAUUGGAGUGGCGUUGCAUGCUUGUGGAGUGGCAACAGACAUGGUGAUUGAGCACUGUAUCAAAACACGGGCUUCCUUCGUCACAUGCCCUUGCUGUUAUGGUUUCAUUCAGAACACCUCAAAGUUUAAUUUUCCAAAAAGUGAACAAUUCAAGAAAACUUUAUCAUACAAGGAACACAUGAUUCUGUGCAGAUUUGCAGACCAGACAGCUGCCCAGCUCCCACCCCAACGAAGGCUCAUAGGAAAACAGUGCAUGUGCUUGGUGGAUCUGGAUCGAGCAAGAGCUGCAGAAGAAUGUGGCUACUCCGUUCAAGUGAUAUCCAUGGAGCCAGAGAGCUGCUCUCCCAAAAAUAACAUGAUUGUGGGAAUCCCCAUUUAAAAUGAUAUUCACAUUUGAUAUUUUGCCAUCUGUCUUCACGUUGGAUGCCCAGUAGCAUUCAGGAGGUUCUUGGCAUAACUAGGAAACAGCAUUAGCCAUCUUGAAUCUAUUGUGCUCAGGAAGAAAAGCAACAGGAAAAUCUUAGAAGAAAGGCUUCCUGCACAGCAUCACAAAUGCUCUUAACAAUGUGUGAUUAAAGGACUGCUGGUUUUCAUAGUGAGAAUCCCCUGAAGUCUCAGCUGCCAAAAGAAUAAUACUAGUGGAGGUUCCAUCACAGGAAUAAUAAUUUCUUUCUCACUUCACAAGCUCUUCUGAUCUUGCCAAUGUGAUGUUUAAUUCAAAACAGUGUACUUACAGCCUUUAUUUUAUACUUAUUUAGAUAUUCACAUGGGGAGUGAAACUAGACUCAGUGGAGUUUUUUUGUUUUUUAUAUUUUUAACAAUUGUACUUUUUCUAUAACUUUAAAAAAAUCUAGUCAGGUAAUUAUAGUAUAAUUUUUUUUAAGCUGGGGUUAGUUGAACUUAUAUAGCACUUAAUAUACUCCUUUUAAAUAUAUUUCUGCCAGGCAUGGAGGCUCAUACCUGUAAUCUCAGCACUUUGAGAGGCCAAGGUGGGAGGACCAUUUGAGCCCAGGAUAUCAAGACCAGCCUGGACAACAUAAUGAGACCUCAUCUCUACCAAAAAUUUAAAAAUGAGGCAGGAUUGAGCCCAGGAAGUCAAGGCUGCAAUGAGCCGAGGACAUCACAGCACUCCUGGCUGGUUGACGAAGUGAGACCCUGACUCAAAAUAAAUGAAUGAAUGAAUGAAUAAAUAAAUAAAUAAAUAUCCCAUAAAUUGCCAAAUGAGAUCAUCACUGGUUCAAAUUAUUAAAUAAUUGCAACAAAAUUCCUAUUAUGGGAAUGUGGAAUUUGGACACAAAUUUUAACAAUAAAGGUAUGUUAGUUAAUAAAUUUAAGUCUGUAAGUAAUUAUUAAGGAUCUAGUAUUUUCAAGACCUUGGCCUAGAUUCUUUUCAAGAUUCAAAGAUGAGAUGCAAAAGAUAUAAUGUUUUGCCUAUGGAAGUAAAUCAUCUAGAAGGAAAAGAUUAAAGAAUUAGUUAAGUUCUUUAUAUUACAAUGUAUUAUCACAGGAUUUGUAAUUCAGAUGUCAAUCAUUUAUAAAUUCUUUUUCUGCCAGUCAACAUUUUAAAAGACAAAUGAUGCAUCGUUUCUCAAUGCUGCUAAUUCUUUAACCUUUACAUGUCCCAAGUAUUCCAUUUGAGAUUUAUUUCAUUUAUUUUGAUGUUUUUAACCCCAGUGUAACAUGUAUCAUGAGGAGAAGCACUUUCAUUGAUCAUCACUCUGGAUUAAAAUAUAGGAAUAUUUUACAAGGUAGUAUUGGUGGGGUGGGAGACAUUUUGGAAUCUUGUUUUCUGGGAUAAAUUUUUUAAAAAGAAUUAGCCAUUAGCCCUGAGUAUUUUAGUCAUUUGUGCCCAUAGAUAACAACAUGCUCUUUUAUUCUGGACUUUCUUCUUUUCAUUGAGGUUUAAUUUAUAUACCAUAACAGAUUUUUAAGUAUUCAUUUGAGACGUUUUGACAACCGUGUGUAUCUAUACACGCAACCAUCACUGAAAUCAGAUAUAAAAUAUUCCCAUCAAAUACUUUCAGGUAAACACUUUGAGAAUAUUUUGCCAGUCUGUUGCUUACCUACUUAUUUUCAUAAUUAAUAUUUUAAUUUUGAUGAAAAUUUAAUUUACCCUUUUACUUUAAUGAUUAAUAUUUUCUAAUAAAUUUUACCAACUCUAAGAUUA